UUUCCUGCAUAAUCGCCACUCUUUCAUUCUCCACAACUCAAACAUUUCCCAUUACGCAACGCACACAUCCACCUCAGCAAAAGCUCCCUCAUCGCAUUGACAUUAUUGAAAAAAAAACCAGCGCAACGGAGAUUCUGAGAUUGUUCGCACACCACAAACAAAACGAAUGGCAACGGUCGAACCAUCACCAGCAUCAUCGGCCGUGUCCAGCACGCCAUCCGCAGCGACGACGGCCUCUGCUACAGCACUGAGCACAUUGCCCAUCAUGCAGACCACCGCGGCGGCGGCGUCGGAUGCGCCAGCCAUCGCAGCUGCUCUCAAUUCUACAACCAGUAUCACGACCACGACUACUACGAGCUCGACCUCAGCGCCGUCCUCUGCGACGACAAGCCCGGUCUCGGCAGCAUCGGGGCCGGCAGCAUCGGCACUGUCGCUGCGUCGGUCGCGUCGCUCGGCUGCCAUCGCCGCGGCUGCCACAGCUGCCACAGAAGGCGGCAGCAGCCAAGCGCAGCUGCAGCAGCAGCAACUCGAAGCUUCCCCGUCCGACCACAGCGACGACCCUGCCGCUCAUCCCGCGCCCACCGCCACCACCUCGUCCAUAUCGCCUGCACAGCCCGCGGAUCCCGGAGUGAUGCCAGGGCGUGGCCGAAAGCGAGCCGCCGAGCAAUCUCUGCUCGCCCCUCUCACAAUGCCUUCAGCCAACGGCAGUAUUGUCGCUCGACCGCCGCCGCCGCCGCCGCCGCCGCUGUUCCCAGCAAGUGGCUCUGCUUCAGACGUGGACGCCCAUGGCGCCGGCGCCGGCGUCGGUGCGGUGGCUGGAUCGGGCAAUGCUUCGUCCGGUUCCAAUCCAAACCACACUUCUGGAAGCGCUGCGUCUACUGCCGGCGGCCAUGCUCCACUGGGGAUGCCAAACAAGCGGCCGAAUACAAACUGGUCUGCCAGAUCUGCCAAGGAGCAAGAGACGCUCGUCGCGCUGGCCUCGCUGAGCUCCAGUCCAAUCACCUCUCGAGCCUCGUCCCCGACGUUCGGUGGCGGUCUGUUGCAUGGCUCUGCGCCUGCUGUUACUGCGAGUGCUGCUGCGGCUGCGGCUGCUGCUGCGGCUACUGCUGCUGCUGCCAGUAACAAUCUCUCGUCGUCCAACUUGUCCCAGUCGAGUCUGAACAGCGGCGGAAGCAGCAGCGGCGCUGGAAGCUUCCCAGCCGGCAUUGCAGCAGCAGCAGCAGCAGCAGCUGGUGCUGGCCUGAAUGCAAUGCCGAGUGCCAGUGGUCCGGGAACGGGGGCUCUCUCCCAGCCAUUCAGCCCGUUCAACUUUAGCUUGCCCAAUUUCGCAAUCGGCUUGACAACCCCGUCCCUCUCCACACUGCCGUCGCCCAUGCAGCUCUUGUCGCCAAGUAUUCUCAGCACUGCGCCGAAUUUCGUCCCUCAGCAGCUUCUUCAAGGCUCGGUCGGCGUCCCUACGCAGCCAGCGUCGUCGGCCUCGUCGUCGUCGCUGUUGUCGCUGCAAAGCCAAUCCAUCCCUCCGCCAACAUUGCUUUCAGCCCAAAACUCGCUGGGCGGGGUGAAUGCUCAAGCAUCGCCUAGCUUUAACGUUUCCAAUAAUUCUCUGGGCUUUUUCCAAGCGGUUGCUGGCGCAACAUCCGCAGCCGGACAGACAUUUGACGGAUUUGCCCGUCCUUCCCCUCACCGCGCACCACCAAACAGCAACAACAGCAGCAACAACAGCAGCAACAACAGCAACAAUGCACGAGGGAUGUCUCAUCCCGCAGCGAGUGGCUUGACCCUUGCCUCUGCCGUUGUGGUGGCCAAUGCCAACGCGGCGCUGGUUCGAAACAGUCUGGGCCAGGGCAGCGAGAGCGGCGACGAAACCCACGGCCGCAAACGGUCAAUUUCACAAGACCCAUUUCACAAGACCCUAUGGACGAGGACCACAAUCGCCAACCCAACCACCGCGAUAGCAGCAGCAGCAGCAGCAACAACAACGACGAGGAGGAAGAACCAGAAGACGAAGACGACGACGAGGACGACGUGGCAGCCACAACCAACCACGACGAUGACGACGACGAAGAUUACGGCGCGCCCAAACGAAAGAGCCCGCGCGGCGGUGCGAGGCAAAGCCCGCGAGGGGCGGCGAAAAUGUCGGCAGCGGCCGCCGCAAAGCAAGCGGCCCAGCAGAACGGGCGGCGGCGGACACGGAGCAACUCUUCCACUGGGGGCAAGAGCUCACCCCCAAGCGCUAUUGCCUCUGCGGUUGUCGCGAAAACGACGCCAUGCCCUCGGCCGACGCGGACACGGUCUGGCGGCGCCAAGGCGGCGGACGAGCAUCAGCUGCGUCCGUCCAUCUCGUCGUCCUCCUCCAUCGCUGCGGGCACCUCGGACGGCGACACGACCGAUCUUAAUGGCGACGACGACGACGAGACAGGCGGCGGCGCAUCGUCGUCCGACAACGACACCGACCCCAACCAACGGCGACGCGAAAAGAACCGAGAGGCCGCGCAGGCGUGCCGCAUCAAGAAGAAGGUUUACGUCAACUCGAUGCAAGGCAGCGUCGAUUCCGUCGCCGAGACCAACAACCACCUCAACCUGCAACUUUCAAUGGUGCAGCAAAACACCCUUCGGUUGCAUGGGUUUAGUCAGCAGCUCGACCGAGACAACUUUGAGCUGCAGCAGCAGCUCACCCAAGCGCGGGAGGCGCUGCAGACGCGCAGCCAAUCGUGAACAGCGGGGCUGCCAUGUCGAUGUUUUAUUGUGUUGUGUGUGUGUGUGUGUGCGUAUUGGUCAGGGAGCAAGGAGAGAGGGCAGCGAGGGGAGAGGCGUGGUUGUGUGGCUGUGGUGUGGUGUGAAGUUUGCGUGCGGUGAUUGUGAAUUAUUGUGUGUGCGAGUGUGUGUUGACUGUGAUGAUUUUUGCUGUUUUUGUUUGUUGUCACCAAUGCGACGAAUUUGAACUAAUGAAUCUGCGUUUUGAAGCGAAA